UCUCCACCGUUCAGUAUGCGCUGGGAAAGCGAGGAGUAUUGAUUUGUAUUUUCUAUAUUUCUCGUGUGAUAUCUAUAAAUAUUCGCGAGGGAACGGAAAAGGGAACGAUCAUUGAAUCCGUUGACAAAAAUUCUGUCAUACUGAUACUGCGAUCGUCGUUUCAACUCACUUUUCGGGGUGGCUCGUUGAACAGCGCGCGCGCGCGAUAUCAAUAGUUUUGUUUUGUAUAUGCCUUCCUCACUUACGUUUGAAACCUGUCGUUACGAAGUUGCUACAAGAUUGCUCGCUUGCUGAAGCUACGAAAACAUCACUUGAACAUCAGUGUUUCUAUAUACUCGAUAUCAAGGUGUGUUCAGAAGUAAAGUAAACAGAGAGGAGCUAAAAUCCAUACUCGCAGAGAUGCAACUUACACUCCUGAAGUACCGCGUGGAGUAACCUCUGUUUGUGCAACGUGAAAACAUUUAUAAGAAACAAAUAUAGAACAAUAAACCGAUGAUACUUUGGUAAUUGUCUCCGAAAGCCGCACCUAAAAUAACUGACAAUUAUUCCGUGGGUUUACAUUUGAUUGAGGUUAACUUGUUUGCGAAUAAGCAUCGCGAUUCAAGUGCGUCCGUCCAUGGUUGAAGAGUGACGAUUUUAUUUGUACAUACUGUGCGUACGUGUUCCGGAGGAGUGCCAGCUUAGAAGAGAGGAAUAAUGUCAAGCAGUGUUUGCCACGCGCCCCUACCCGCACGAAAGGAGGCAUUCACCACGAGAUUUUAUCUCUGUGCUGCUGACCAAUAUGAGCGGCUUUUGCAAGCUCACUUUAACAAGCCUUCGAGUAAAGAGCAAACGCGGCCGAACAACCAUAGCUCGAACCAGAAAGAGCAUCGAAGGCAAAAAGAUGCGUCGAGCAGCACUUACAGUGCGUUCCGUCAGUGGCGAAGGGGCACGUCUACGGGCUCAAGCUCGAAUCGGUCCAACAGCCUUGGAUCCAGCUCCACCGGGACCCUUGUCAAGUUGCCUAAUGAUCCAACGACGAUGCAAAAGAUGGAACAUUUUCCUCUGGUCCUAUCAGACGCUACUUUGCCAGAGGAGGAUCUCUCAUUAAAGUUUCUAGCACUGAACGCUUUGGAUUUAACAGCUCCGGCUAGUGACGUUCUAUUAAAGAACAGAUUAAAGUCUUGGUUUCAAUUAUCCGGACAUCCGGAUGGUUUCGCACCAGCGGGUCCGGGGACGGUUUGGAAGAGGAAAACCGGAGGUGCAGAGAAUACAGAACGAAUCGUUUACGAAGCACUUAGCAAAGACAAGGAAUUACGAGACUGUAUACCAAGAUAUUAUCGAGAAGUGGACUACAAAGGUGAUACGUUUAUCGAACUGCAGGAUUUGCUAUUCGGCUUCAACGAUCCGCACGUGAUGGACAUAAAAAUGGGUACGAGGACGUUCCUUGAGUCCGAAGUAUCUAAAACCACCGCGAGAUCCGAUCUCUAUCAAAAGAUGAUCUCUGUCGAUCCGAACGCUCCAACGGAGCAGGAACACGAGCAACGCGCCGUGACCAAAUUGCGGUACAUGCAAUUCCGCGAGCAACAGAGCUCGACCUGCAGCCACGGGUUUCGAAUCGAGGCUAUGAAGUUACCCGGCGCGCCGCCGAUCACCGACCUGAAGAAGGUGAAAUCGCACCAAGAGGUGCUCGAUACCAUGAAACUCUUCCUCGGCAUGCGCGAAGCCGUACGUAAGAAGUUGUUGGCGCGCUUGAAGACUCUACGCUCGAAACUCGAGGCAUCCGAGUACUUUGAGACUCACGAGAUAAUUGGAAGCAGCAUCUUCAUGAUUUACGACAAUGACAAAGUUGGCGUUUGGUUGAUCGACUUUGCUAAGACGCGGGAGUUACCGAAUGGACAUAAAGUGACACAUAGGAAACCAUGGGAACAGGGCAACCAUGAAGAAGGUUUCUUAUUUGGCCUUGAUAAUCUUAUCUCUACUAUUGAGGAAGUGGAUCUCUCGAAGGUGUAGUGCGCGAUAGCAACUUGUAUUAAAAUAAUCUACGUUAAUUUCGUACUUCGAAGAUGGUAUAUCAAUAAUUUUGGAAUAUAUUUUAUUGAUACAUCAUUCUAAUAGUGUGAUGAAUCGGAGAUGAUACUGUGUGCAAGUAUUUGUAUGAUUUUAACAAGCACUGAUGAGGUAUUUAAAGUGGAAGACUGUUUGUCAUUGCAUUUUUUUUAUGAGCUAUUUAACUUACAGAGAAUUUUAUAAACGAUUUAGCGUGAAUACAAAAAUUUUCAUUAAUGUACAAAUGUAGUAGUUUAUUAGACGUAAUCGUUUGAUAAUUAUUUAUUUAAAGAUAGCUAUGUAGAUUGUAAGACCGAUUUUAUAAGUAAAAUACUCGCUAUUAUGAACAAUUUUAAAUAGGAAACAACUAUUAAAUUAGUUUGUUCUCUAACUGCCAAGAAUUUUUAUUAGGGAAAGAUAUUUGUAAUAAAGCAGUUCGAUUAAGGCAUGUAAA